CUCUUUCCUUUCUCUUUCUUUCGGGGCUUUUCGGCUGAUCGCCGCGACCUGAGCUGGUGCGAAUGAAUGAGGACUGUCCGCCCGCGGUCGAGCCCACGAAGGAGUUUGAUGUUCGGCCGGACAUUCGGUGGGUUUUGGGUCGCGAGGACGUGAGCUGGUGGGGUGGGGAGGGAUGAGAGGGUGGUACAAUCCACGCCAAACUAGAGGAACAAAAUUAGGAGGAGGGGAGGACCCACCAGCUGAAAAGCUGCAGGAGUGAGUCACGGAUCGGGGACAAAGGCUGGACGACUUUCUCUCGUUUCGGUUGUCUGUGCUGUGCUGUGCUGUGCUGUUCUGAUUGUGGGCGAUUGAGAUGUCACAUUGCACAGUGCACGGGCGCGAGGAGAUGCGAGCAGGAGGAGCGAGAGCAGCAUAAGAAGGGCAGCGCCUGGGCUUACUUUCUUUGGUUUGUGGCAGGGAUUCGAUUCCGGAUCGAAGCUCGGCUCAGACUCAUCAUCUCGGCUUCGAACGAAUGCCGUCUAAGGGUAUAACGAUAGAGUCGAGCCCUGGGAUCCGUCAGCAUCUUGUAGGGUGGAGCGAAAAGGAAUUGGUGGCAGUGAUUGACCCGACCAGACAUUGAACUCCGGUGACCCCUGUUUCGUGGAGACUCAAGAACUCUUCGGCGGAUGAUGGGGUUCGCGGGCUUUGGAUGCACGCAGGUUUGGGGUCCUGGAGAGUGAACUUGCGGACUUUUGAUGGAAAGAUCAGCGAUGGCGUCCGCUUUAGAACGAGCUCCUCCCGUGCAACAAAUUCAGUAUGCCCCGAAAAGAUUUCUAGCACCUCUUCCGCUUUCUCUUUUCGGAGAGCUGGAAGAUGAGAGUAUUGCUUCUUUGGAUGAGCAUUCGGCAUCUGCCCCUAGUAAACCUACUUCCUCUCCCGCCACCGUCACCACUGUCAUCAGCACGACAAGCUCCACAUCACCGGCAGAUAUCGUCAAUGGGGACGACGAUGACGAGUUUGGGGAUUUUGAGAGCGAGUUUGGAGACUUCGAAUCUGUACCUGCAGGCACUAGUACAGUUGUGACAGAUUCGACAAGCGUUGCCAGCGACUUGCCGGCGCUCAACCUUGGGCAGCCUAAUUUGCAUCUUCCACACGGAGCGCAGGGUAAUGGCAAGCCUGUUGAAGUGAUCAGCGAGUUUGAAACAGAUUUUGGGGCGGUGGCUCCUGCUUUCUCUCCUGCAAGUGCACCUGCAACAACUCUUUCAAGAAGCAGACUUGUCGUUGAGGAGGACCUGUUCGGGAAUUUUGAGGUUGGUUCUGGCAUGCCAAAAUCUGAAGGUAGGCAUAGCAAUGGACCUGUUUUCAACCUUUUUGCAAACUUUGAGUCGUCUUCGAUCUCACAACCGACCAAGAUUGUCACAAAGAACCCCGCCCAGGAAACUCACAAUUUGUUCGAUGACUUCUCAUCUCUUUCUGUCAAUGGAACGCAUCAUGUUGAACAAUCUACAGCAACAGCCAAGUCUGUCGAUGGAUUCGAAGGUUUCGGUGCUCUGAGAACUGUCCAGAUCGAACCGUCGGCAGCACCAAAAUCGUCGGUCAGUUUGUUUGACGACUUCGGGUCAGACACCUUCUUCGAUGUACCGAAAAGGGGGCCAAUGAAUGGGUUCGAGGAUUUAUUCGGAGACUUCGAAGCACCUUCUCUAGUGACUACACAGCCUUCAUGGAGUUUCGCCAACGAAUUCCCGGACAAAAGUUCGGAGAUGAAACCUAAGAACAAUGUAUCAAAUUGUUUCGAUCAUCUUGUGUUUGAUCCCUUGGGUGCUCUUCAGUUGGACUGUUCUGCGGACAAAUCCGAUUCCCCUGAUGUAAUUUUCUUCAGUCCGAAAGCACAGGCUCAUGUCCAGGAAACAGGAGGAGAAUCUGACGAUGAUUGGGGUGAUUUUGUUGCUCCCCCGCCCCCAGUUUCCGUUGUGCCAAAACCCGAAACAACUGAGACUACCUCGAAUGAUUUGUUCACGUUGGGUGUCAAAGACUCACGCAACGGAGACUUUGGGGACUUAAGUUUGCCAGGAAAUAGAUCCCAACCGCAGGAGCAAACGCAUUUUCCAGAUUUCAUUGAUGCGUGGGAGACGGACCUUGUAGACUCAGGAACAGCAAAGAGCAAUUCCAACAACGGGGAGAGCACGGUAGCCUCGCAAGCAGAGACGACCUCUCAAGCAUCCGCCCCAGCAGCUCCUGUGAAAGUGGAUGCAUUUAGUUUCUACGAAGCCCAAGUCUCUCAGUUUUUCCCAACAACAGGUUCUGCGAAACCUGAUGAGAACGGAACCAGUUUGGGGCCGGAUAGCAGACGCUCUCGCUCGGUAGAUUUGGACGCUCUGUACGCAAGUCCAGUCGUCGUGAAGAAGCACACUCGAGGCAAAAGCUAUGUCGAGCAUAGUGCAGCUCCGCUAUCGCUAUCACUUUUCGGUGAGGAGGAGGAUGCUGCCGUUGCAGCGGCUGAGCUUUCCUUGGGAUCUUCAUUGAGCGACUUUGUGGGUAUGGGGAGGCACCUUGAUGCCGUCAGUGGUGAUGAGUUUCCAGGUGGUGUGUCUUCCAGCAGCGAUUCUCAGGAAGAUGACGUCGAUGCCGACGAAUUUUUUUUGGCCAGCGCGGAUGAUUUGCACAAGCUGACUCUGUGGCUUUUGGAGGAGGGAAGGGUUCAAGAGGCUCUCGCAUGUACAAAGCAUACAGCAGCUCUGUUGGAGUUCCAAGCCUUGCAGGAGGAUUGUUCAAGAGCCCUUGAGUCCGGCGAUAAGGAAAAAGCAUCUGUCAUUACGACGAAAAUCGAGGCAGCGCAUGCCAAGCUUGUUAAGCCUCAGGAAUGGCACAGAUGGCAGAAGCGUCAAAGACAUGAGAAUGGCCUCAAGCAUGGGAGCACACUCAUGGUACCCAAGUUGACCCAUGAGGAUAUGAUGAGUCUUCUUGGAGGAACUUCAGAUCCAAGAGGAGAGUAUUUUCGGUCCCACUUUCAGUCGGAUGAGAUUGAUUCCUUGGAUAGGCUAAGAAGGACUUGCGGGCUGCAGCAGAACAGCAUACCCGUGCGUUAGAAGCAUUUCAGCUACUGAUUAGCGCGACAGUGCAAGAGCAGCUCCUAUAUGUGAAAGCUUGGUCUGCACUUGCAUCAUCUUGUGCAUCUGAAUUAGAGUUGGGAAUGAUUUUCUGGCAGCGAGCUGUUCAGGCGCAGUCUCAGUCACACCUGCUUACCCAUCGUCAAGGUAGAAAUUACUUUGCUGCAUUGGGACAAGUAUAUUCCGUGUUCCUCGUUCUGGAGGCAACAGUACGCUUGCACGCACCCUGGUUGGAAGUGGCCGGAGAGAAGGGCAAAGCGGUUAACCGCUUAAUAGAUGAAUGUCGUACUUGCUGGCUCGGUUCGGGUCUAAAAGAUGCUGUAUACUGGGCUCUUAGUGAUGCAAAUGAAUCGCUUCCUUCAACCAGGACAUCCUGGCAGGGCAUUUUGGACCUGUCUAUAGCUGUCAAUAUUGCUUCUCUAAAGCAUACUAAAGGAGAAGUACAGCCUGUCUGUGGACUCUCUUUACUCCCUAUGAAGACUCUUUCCGGCAUGGCUAGCGUGGAAUGGGGAGGCCGUCAAUACUAUCUACCUCUGGCAAACAUGUGGGCCAAUUGUGUAGAAAACGAGCCGCCUCGACUACCAAUCUUGGGAUUACAACAAACUGGUUGAUUUCUUAGGCACUUACCGUGCCAACAUGAUUUCGGGUCAAUACGGUGCUAUUGCACUUACUUUUGCUUGUUCCUAGGAUGUUUAGCUCUGUUCAACAUGUACAUUUCUUACUAUUCUUUGGACUAUGGUCUGUACCUGGUGUUGAUUCAUUAGGAAGAGGAAUAUGGGCAUAACGUUUCUGGAUUAUUCAAGGUCUGAUUCCACUAGUGUCCAAGCUCUUUACCGUGCACUCCCGCUGAUUAGACAUCAAGAGUAGCAGGCUUGCUUUUUAGCCGGAUAGAAAGCAUUAGUUACAGCAAGCAACUCGUUCUUGAUGGCAGACUCUAAAUGAAUCUGUACAUCUCUCAGAUUGAUAGUUACCCCUGUUUCAGACAUAGUUUAUUUGGAUACCGAAGUUAGUUUCGUAUUGCAACUAGCUCGUGAAUCCAAUCUUGACUUAUGUGUUCAAUUAUAGAGGUUAGUGUAGCAUUUUGGUCGUCAAAUCAUGUGGCAUAUGUGAUUUGUUCGGAUUCUAUAUUCUGAAACGGGUCUACACCGUGUUGUCAGCCACAGAAAUGGGCACGUCAGAUAUCAUUUUUACUUUGGACGUAUCCUCAAUGGGUUUCGUUCAAAGGGAAUUACAAUUCUUUUCACAUUGAUAAUAUGACUGAAAAUUGGAUCCUUUGAGAAAAUUAACGA